AUGGAUCCUGGGCUCCUAGCCGAGUUCAAGCAGUUCCUAGCGUUCAGAGCAAUCCAACGCGACGACACAGUAAAAGGCCACGAGCUCAAUGAAUCUCGGGGUUCGACACUUGGCCAAUUGUCCAGCCCUGUGGAUUCAGCCGAGGAUCGAACCCUCACACCUCUGCCGCCUUCGCCGGACAGAGAGACUAGUAGUAGCAAACCCAACAAUAACGGCUUCCCCAAGAAGCGUUUAGAGCUCGAAAACACAUACACCCGGUCCAGUCCUAAUUCCGAGAAACAGCCCGAAUCCGUACUUGAGCGUAGUACAACCCCCCGCGCUUUUGCUCGGCGCGACAAGCAGGCGAGACAGAACCGCCUGUUAUCCCCCACUCCACCUCCUAUUCCCACCCCUUCUCCUGAUGCGACACCAGCUCCCUCCAACUCCCGCAAACGUGGUCGCUCCCCAUCCCCUGUAUCAGGACCAUCCAAGCGUCGCCAAACCAACAACGACCACAGCAACGCACCGCCCCACCCAUACGACACUUGCGAAACGUCUUACGAAAAUCGACCGGGGAAGCGUGGGGGUCGUGUAUACGAGACCGUCAACGGCACACAGCAAAUCAAGCGAACUUUGAUGGAACGACUCAUCCAUCGACACAAGAAGUAUGAACACGUGCUCAAACAUGGGCACCUGUUUGGGGAUAAGCACGGGUUCUAUUUUAACCCUUAUAGUUUCAGCGCCGUGAACGAGGCAAACUGCCAUCGGAUCGAAAAACCCAAAGGCUAUCAGCCCGGCCGUGGAAACCACGAUCCCAUCCAUGUCGCUAUUGGAUUACGGGACGACUAUGAUUUCUCAUCAGACAUUCGGCUCGUCCGCAAGGCUGCAAUUAAGUUCCGCCCAAGGAACUUGACGCUUAAGCCGGGUCAGAAGCUCACGCUCAAGCACUAUGGCCCGUCGACGAAGAAGAAAAUUAAUGAUUAUAUGUACAAACGAUUUCCUUUCUUGUACCACACGCGCAAUGAGUCGGGCGAGGAUAGCUGGGCAAUCGAUGCGAUGCUGAGCUCGUAUUUUGCCUCGAACAGUGCUUACACAAAGGCCGGCAAAAACAAGAAAGCGAAACUAUAUCUCAAGCGCAAUGAGUCUGGGGGACAAGACGACCAGGACGGGAGAGACGAGGAGGACAAUGGGGAUCGAGAUGAUUACCAGGACGUUGAGGACGAGAACGACCCUGAUACUAACAAGGCUGCCUACCAGGACGACUACAUCCUCAACGCUCGUCGUCUCAAGACCACCCAGACGGCACUUCCUUUGAAUUUCCUGCCCAAAAAACGAGCCGACCACGACCUCGAGAACAAACGGCCCAAGGCACGUGCAGACAGACGCUACGAUAAGGACGAGGAUGACGAGGACAACGAGGACGACGAGGACGACGAGGACGAGGAACCGGACUUGCCGCCCGAGCCAACCCCCGCUCAGCGCCGACGUGCCGAUAAGGUUGUUGCACAAGAAACCGCCCGCAACAAGACUUUCAGCAACUCUAAGGGCAAGGCGGGAGCAAAGCCGACAGCUGCGUCAAAGCCUGGUAAAAGGGAAAGGAGCUGGGGGCUUUACCGGAAGCUUCCAAGUCAAGCGGCCGUCGUCACAAGGAAGCGAAGGGUAAUAGUGACGAGGAUGAGAGUCAGGAUGAGGACGACGAACAGACUACAAAUAAAAGUCUACUGUGCUGCAGGUGAACGCGAGAGAACACAAGGUCAACAGGAAGGGAAGCGUAAACAGCUUUCACCGACGGUGGAUACCGACGAGGAUGCCGAGAAAGAGGAGCUUGAGCCCCCACGUCGGAGGCGCCCGCCCGUGAAGGUGCGUCAGACGCAGCAAGACGAUCACGAAGAUGAAGAGCUCCCGCCCCUGCCUCCUCGCAUUACUCACAACUCGAGCUCAGCAAAGCAUACCCGCUUGAUGGAUGAGCCUCAAGUCGGCCCGUCAAAAUCAGCCAUAGAAGCCGUUCACACGACCCAGAUCGACUCAGAACAGCUUGUUAACACGGGCAAGGCAAAAGCGGUUGGAGUUAUCAAGAUUAAACGGCCACCGCAACACUCCUCUCGCGAACUUCGUCCUCGUACUUAG